AUGUUAACCAUAGCCCGCUCACCUGUAUCACCUACUUCAUCUGACAGCCGCGAUGUAAGUGGUUUCAGCUUACUUGGCUCGACAAACACCAAAAUUCCCCCACGGUUCAAUACUCUCCCCACUGUCGGGAGCAUCGUUCUGGGCCGCGUAACGCGUGUCCAAAAACGUCAGGCAUCAAUCUCCAUCCUUGUUGUCCUCCCAGACCAGAAUAUGGCCCCCGACCCGACAGUGAUCGACUCCGACCUCCGCGCCAUCCUUGCCAACGCGAGCAUCUCCACGACUGCGGAUCCAUUGAAUGCAGACGAAUUGCGCCCGCAGGCGCUUAUUCGCAAAGAAGAUGUCCGGGCAGUGGAGAAAGACCGGGUGGUUCUCGAAGAGUCGUUCCGCGUCGGAGAUAUCGUGCGUGCCGUGAUUGUGAGUGUGGGUGAUCAGGUAGCAUACUAUGCUAGCACCGCCGGGAACGAACUGGGUGUUGUUAUGGCGCGAAGCAGUUGUACGGAGGCUGGCGCCAGCGGUUUCGGGGGAAAUAUGAUGUUUCCUGUUAGCUGGAAGGAGAUGAGGGAUCCGGUGACGGGCAAAGGGGAGACGAGAAAGGUUGCGAAACCAUUCUAG